AUGGAUGAUGAUGAUUUGACGGAUCCUGUUGAAGAGGAAAAUGCGAUAGAGAGAAAACCUGAAACCCCUUUUCUGAUUAGUGAUGUUGAAGAGUUACUUCAAAUAGAGCGGGAACAAUUUUCGAAGAAAAAUCUGAAAACUUCAGUUGUGCAAUUUAUAAGACAUCAAGAGCUCGGCUUAAAAAAACCCCGCACAAAUUCGUUGAGGACAUUUCUCCAACAUCGAGAUGUUGUGUGUAUAGAGUUGAAAAAUGUGAUGCAAGAUUUUAUUGAAAAGAUAGAAGAAGAUAAUCGUGAGAAUAAGCUACGGGAAGGCUUGGAAACGUUGAAGAGUUCACGAGAGUACAUGAACAGUCAACGAGAGGAUAAACAGAUAUGCGAAUCCAAACCUGUGCGAAAAUUAAAAUUGAGAGAAUACUACGCCCUGCCGGGAAACGGCGUUCUGACCGUGGAAACGAUUCGCGUCAUGCGCAGGCCGCGAUGCGGCGUCGCGUACAUUCACGCUUACAGCCCGUUGACGAGAAAGUGGCCGAAGACGCAUCUCACGUGGAACUUCAAACUAGCGAACAGAGGUACUCUGCGCAUGACUCAGAGCGCGUUCGCUUUGUGGUCCGAGCAAUCCUCUCUGACGUUCUCGCGCGACCCGCUGCGCCCCGAUAUACUGAUAUCCUAUCAAUCCGGCGCUCACGCGUACGAGAACAGCGACAACGGGGGCUCAUGCCCGUCGCCGUUCGCCGGACCGGGAUCGGUCGUCGCUCACGCGUUCUUUCCGACGGGAGGGCCCAAUCAAGUGACCGAGGUGCACGUCGACGAGACGGAGCCGUGGCACAUCACGCUGACCAGGCCCUCGUCGGACAGGCUGUAUCUCCUUCAGACGCUGACGCACGAGAUCGGUCACACUCUGGGUCUGACUCACAGUAUGAGGGAAGAUUCGGUCAUGUACGCGUACACGCCUUCGGAGGAAAGGCGAUAUCCGCUCAGGCUGAGCAUAGAGGACGUCAUAAACGUGCGAAAUCUCUACGGAUCGAGAGAAACGACGAAUCCUACGAUCGUCGACGCUACUCCGACGACCGCGGCGACGACAACGGCCUCGACGACGACGACGACGACGGCCGCGGCGCCGCCGACAACCGCGAGGACGGUUAAGCCGCCGCUCGCUCCCUCCGAUACCGCGGAUCUAUGCGCCUUGAAGCGCGUAGACGGAACGCUAAUCAUGAAUCGUCGCUUGUACGUCGCGCGUAAACGCAACGUGUGGCCCGUCGAUAUGAGGGAGAGACGCUACGGAGCGCCCUUCUCGUUCGCCGACUACUUCUAG